UUGAUGUCACUAGGGUGCAAUAUCUAAUUGCUCACAAAACACUGAAUGACUGUCCCCUUUAACUAGCAUGUUCCGCCAUACCUGAGAUGGUUCCUUCACACUUUGAAAACUAUCCUUUACAAUGCAAAGUUCAGAUCGGAAAUCUUAACAAUCAGCCCAAAGUUGACUGCAAAUAACAUUUUUAAAGGUCCUGCUGGUUUCCAAUUUCUUAGCACCAUGAACUUAGAUGAUGACACAAAGUGGCUCGAGUGGGUAGCCAAACAGUUUGAAAGUAUCGCUGGGGAAGAUAAAGAGAUCGACCUGGAAGAAUUCAAAGCUGCUCUCAAGGUGAAGGAGUCCUUUUUCGCUGAGCGUUUCUUUGCUUUGUUUGACUUGGAUGGAAGCGGUACCAUCAGUUUGGACGAGCUGCUGGAGGCCUUGAAGCUGCUGGUACAUGGAAGUGAAACAGACAAACUCCGGUUCCUCUUCCAAGUUUAUGAUGUGGACGGCAGUGGGUCCAUUGAACCUGAAGAAUUGCGCACGGUCUUGGAGUCAUGCCUGAAGGAGAGUUCAAUAUCUUUGCCAGAGAAGAAGUUAGAUGACCUCACGUUAGCCCUUUUCGAGUCGGCUGACUCUGACAACAGUGGGUCCAUCACCUUUGAGGAGCUGAGGGAGGAACUGGAGCGCUUCCCAGAGGUCAUGGAGAACUUAACCAUAAGUGCUGCAAGCUGGUUAAAGCCCCCCACUGCUCUCAGGAAGAGCCAUGCACCACGCUACCUGCGCCCAGCCUAUUGGCAUAACAACAGGAGCAAGCUUCUCUUCCUGGGCAGCUACCUGUGCUUGAACAUCCUCCUCUUCGCCUUUGCGGCCUUGAAGCAUGUUGACUCUGGCCCCUGGAUCAUGUUGGCCAAAGGUUGCGGUCAGUGCCUGAACUUCAACUGUGCAUUUAUAGUGGUGCUGAUGUUGCGCCGAUGUUUGACCUGGUUACGGGCUACCUGGGUAGCCAGACUUCUGCCUCUAGACCAGAAUGUCAUUCUGCACCAGCUAAUGGGCUAUGCAGUGGCGCUUCUAACAGCGGUUCACACAGGGGCCCAUGUGGCCAACUUUGUGAGAAUGUCUCAGGUCAAAGGCACCUAUCAGCUUUGGGAAUACCUCUUCACCACUCGGCCUGGGAUUGGAUGGAUUUAUGGAACUGCCUCCCUCACGGGUCUCGUGCUGCAGCUCCUCAUCGCCCUUAUGCUGGUGUGCUCUAGCACUUUCGUCCGCAAGGGUGGCCAUUUUGAGGUCUUCUACUGGACUCACCUUUCUUACAUCAUCAUUUGGGCUUUGCUAAUUGUCCACGGUCCUAAUUUUUGGAAGUGGUUUGUGGUGCCUGGAUUUCUUUUCCUCUUAGAGAAGAUCUUUGGUGUUGCCAUGUCACACGUUGGAGGACUGUACAUAGUAGAAAUCAACCUCUUGCCCUCAAAGGUUACUCAUCUGGUGAUCAAGAGACCUCCGUUUUUCCACUACAAACCUGGUGACUACGUGUACCUGAAUAUUCCAGUCAUAGCCAAGUAUGAAUGGCAUCCAUUCACCAUCAGCAGUGCUCCAGAGCAACCAGGGACCAUCUGGCUGCAUAUACGGUCCCUGGGACAGUGGACCAACAGGCUAUAUGAAUACUUAUGUAAUCAACAGGAGUGUCAUGACCACAGGUCUGAAUGGCUGGACAGAAAGGCGAGGAAGAAAAACAGGUCCCAGAAAUGGGUGCAGAAAUGUCUCUUUGGCUCCUCUGACCUGGACCAGCCUGUGGCCAGCAGUUCCGAUGAGAUGGUUGAGAUCUUAACUUACAUGCCCAUCAGGCAUCCAUGGGAGACUGCGAGUGUUGGAGCAGCAAGCCAGUGCAAGGAGGGGAACACACAACCCAGAAGAGGAAAGAUUCCUGGCAGGCUUAGUGAGAAUCAGAGACUCUGUAACAUCAAGUGUUACAUCGAUGGUCCCUAUGGGACUCCCACGCGAAGGAUCUUCACAUCAGAGCAUGCUGUUCUGAUAGGAGCAGGAAUUGGGAUUACACCCUUUGCCUCCAUUUUGCAAAGCAUCAUGUUCAGGUUGGUCCGAAACCUUUUCAGCCUGAGAGCUAUAUUCUCGCAUGGGUACCUCCUGAGGGUCAGGGCAAAAGCAGGUGUCUGUACCCUUGUACAGCAGACUAAAUCCCAGCCACAAAAAAAGCCAGAGGUCACCACUGAUGAUGCAUCUCUACAGUCUUCAUCCAGACACCGUAUGCGAAAGCAAACCUCUUCUAGCCAGGAAAAUAUGAAACUCCUGAAGGUUGACUUUAUCUGGAUCAACAGAGACCAAAAAUCAUUUGAAUGGUUUGUAAGCCUGCUGACCCAGCUGGAAAUCAAUCAGGCCGAAGAAGACCCUAGCAACCGCUUCUUGGAGAUGCACUUGUACAUGACCUCUGCGCUUGGCAAGAAUGACAUGAAGGCUAUCGGCCUGCAGAUGGCGUUAGAUCUCCUAGCCAAAAAGGAAAAGAAAGACUCCAUCACAGGCCUCAAGACAAGAACCCAGCCGGGGCGCCCAGAUUGGAACAAGCUCUUUCAGAAACUAGCGAAAGAAAACAAAGGGAAGGUCCACGUCUUCUUCUGUGGCUCUCCAGCUCUUGCCAAGGUCAUCAAAGCUCAUUGCGAGCAGUUCAACUUCCAGUUCUUCAAGGAGCACUUUUAAGCAGCAUCCCUGGACCAUCCUGGACUGAGAUGUUAAGGCUGCAAGUGAUGCGUGAGUUAAGUAGGCAUUUUGAUUUGUGGAACAAAACAUUUGUGGAAUAGUUCCCCAAGACCCCCAGCAAUUUUCAAGUGGUCGUUAG